UGGUCACUUCCUCUAUUUUCUGUUCCCUGUGAGCCUGAGCUUAUAUUUGGAGGCAGGAUCAGACUUGAGUUAAUCAUUGAGCAACCUCUUUUUGUUGAGCAGUUCUUUCUGUGCACAAUCCUGUUUCAGUCUCCAGUUUCUUCCUCUGUUGGCAGUUCAGGGUAAUGAGGAUAAAAUGCAUAUAAUAACCAAAAGCUGUGUCCUGCUUGUCUGGAUGCAUUCACUGACUGUCGUGCAAAGUAAAAAUUGUACACUUGAACAGUUUUUAAAUGGGGACUUGUUUGAUUCCAAUUUCGACACAACUGGUCUGGAGGACAAUUACCCCAGCGGGAAACAAAUAAGGGUGAGCUGCAGUAUUGGUUACAGUGGUUUUUUCAAACUGCACUGUGACGGCGGUGUUUGGAAGUCGAAAAGCACGAAAUGUCAACCGAGAUCAUGUGGUCAUCCUGGUGACGCCCCGUUUGCCGAUUUUCAUCUGGAGAUAGGAGAAGAUUUCGUCUUUGGGUCACAAGUUAAAUUUACCUGUCACAAGGGUUAUCAAAUGGUCAGUCGGAGUAACCGCCGGCGUUGCUUGGCAGAAGGCUGGGAUGGCGUUGUUCCUGUGUGUGAAGCCCAACAGUGCAGAGCGCUCCCUGUGAACGAUAACGUCCAGGUGAUCGGGGACCCAGAGGAAGCAAACUUUGGCAACGUUGUUCGAUUUAGAUGCAAGUCCAGCUCUCACAUGCUGUUUGGGUCACAAGAGGUCUAUUGUGAUGAAAACGGAGAGUGGAGCGGCGGAGCUCCGAAAUGCGACGAGAUAAAAUGUCUGGUAACUGAGAUUGAAAAUGGCAACGUGCUGGGAGACACCCAAGAGUACAAGGAACAUGAAAUCCUGCAUUUUGAGUGCGAACCAGGAUUCAAGCCCACUGAAGCCAGAUCCCCAGUCUGCACAAAACUCGGGAUGAGAGCCGACUGGAGCCCCACUCCUGCAUGUGAACUGAUAACAUGUAAACUGAGCCUGCCGCCAGUCUAUGGAACCGAGUAUGAGCCUGCUACCGUAAACGUGUUUUCACCUGGUGGCACGGUCAGAGUGACAUGUGGAGACAGGCACUGGAUUUCUGACCCUCUGGAAACAUCAGCAGUAGUCUCAUGCAAAAGUGAUGGACAGUGGUCUCUCAGACCCAUAUGCAAAGAGGUUACAUGCAGCAAUCGACGACAUUAUACGUUGAGGCAGUGGAGCGUCUACUAUGGAGAACAAAAGAAAUUUGGGGAUCGUGUUACUUAUCAGUGCAAGGAGGCCUACAAGAGCACGGGUGGUGCCACCAGUGCCGUGUGCACCAGAGGGGGCUGGAAACCAGAUCCACUAUGUCAAGAAAUCACAUGUGACCGACAUGAAAUCCCGAAUACAGAUAUUGUCAACAGUAAAUACACAUACAAGUACAGGGAACAGGUCAAUUAUGUCUGCAAGAACGGUUACAAAGGACAAUUUCAUCUCACCUGUGAUGAAUAUGGUUGGAGCGGGGAAGCACAAUGUAAAGAGAGUCAGUGUGAACAUCAAGACAUCAGCGACGCAGACAUUGUCAGCAAUGACAGGGAAAGCUACAGCCACAAUGAACAAGUCCAGUACAUGUGCAGGAAAAAUAACAGACGUUUCACUAUCGUCUGUGAAAACGGUGUUUGGACCGGGAUUGAGAACUGUUCAGGUUGUCCAAAUGCUGAAGUCUCACAUGGAUUUUACGUUGGUCCAUACAAUGACACACUGUACUACACCUGUGAUGAAGGUUAUAAGCUUGUCACCGACGGCUGGUGGGCACAGGCUGAGUGUCACGAUGGCGUGUGGUCUGGACUUGAUCUAUGCAUCGCGAACAACAGAUGUGGAAAACUGCCUGUGAUUCCUAACGGGGGGGUGAAGUAUCCUGGCAGUAAUUAUGAGGAAGGCCAAAGAGUCACCAUCACUUGUAAUAAGGGAUACAGAGUUCAGGUGAAGCAGCUGACCUGUCACAAUGGAGAAUGGAAGUCACAUGAAUCGUCACCAAUCUGUGCACCCUUAGCCAAUCCCUGCAGCCCCCCACCUAAAGUUAAAGACGCUGUUGUUGAGAAUUUGUAUCAGAGGGAGUUCUUGUCUGGCUCUGAAGUGACGUAUCAGUGCCGCCACAAUCACACGACGGAGGCGGACACCACCAUUAGGUGCAACGAUGGGAACUGGGAGACGCACAACAUCGUGUGUGCACCUGUUCCAGAAAAGUGAUCCUGAUUUUCUACAACAUCCAAAGAAGUCUCAGUGAAAAUACCUGAAAAGAAUAAAUGAUAAAAUAUAAUUAAAAAAAACAUAUUCUGGGGUCUCUGAUGAUUUGAUUAUGGAGAAAGAAAACCACGUUUUCUCAUCAUUCGUACCAACGUCAUGAGAUCCAGUAACAUAGAACUGCUGGAGUGUUACAUGUGUCACACUGUCAACGUGCGAUAAUGUGAUCUGAUGUCAUAAAGCUUGUGUUGAAUAAAAGAGGUGAAUUCUACAAUUUA